CUCAAACAACACGUCAUUCCCUCCCUUCCUUCUCACUCCGCCACCUCUCUCUCUGUCCCCUCGAGGCGAAUCCAGAAGCUUCUAGAGGGAGAGGCCCACGGGUCGCCAUGGCCGACGCGUACUGGAGGUACGCCGCUGCCGCCGACGCGCGCCAGCAGCAGCAGCAGCUGCAGCUGCCUCCCUCCGCCGCCGGGAUGCCGCCCCCCGCGGCGGCACCUCAGGUUGCCGCCGCCGCCGGGCAGCCACUCAAGCGGCCCCGCCCCGCCGACUUCUCCGAUGUACCUGGUGGUGCUCCUGAAAUGUCUGGUUAUUACUCUCGAGAUGAAGAAAGGGCAGAGUAUCGUCCUGCCAGAGAUACUGCAGCUCUUAACGAUUCGUACGAACGCUUUCUACGUACUGGGCAAAUUCAAUCCUAUGGCGCUGGACCUGCUGCUGAAUCUAUAAGGCCUGCUGCAGGUGGCAAUGCUGGCUACCCAAUUGAGGAUCGUCCAAUAAUGGCUGGUGGGAACAUGGAUGGAAGAAAUAUUGGUUUUGGUGGUGGGAUGCCAGAGCCUGCCCUUCCACCAGAUGCCUCAAAUACAUUAUUCAUUGAAGGAAUUCCUACUGAUUGUGCACGUCGAGAAGUUUCUCAUAUCUUCCGACCAUUUGUUGGUUUUCGUGAGGUGAGACUUGUAAACAAAGAAGCAAGACAUCCUGGUGGGGAUCCAGUUCUGCUAUGUUUUGUUGAUUUUGAAACUGCUACUCAAGCUGCUAUUGCUAUGGAUGCCUUGCAAGGCUACAAAUUUGAUGAGCAUGAUCGCAAUUCCCCUCAUUUAAGGCUCCAGUAUGCUCGUUUUACUGGUCCCAGAGGGGGUUCAGGGCCUGGUGGUGGUCGUGUUAGGCGUUAAGUUGGUCCUGCUGCCAGGCAUGAUCGCAUGGAAUGGUCAAGUGAAAUGAUGAUAGUUGUUUGUUGCUCUAGAUAUGUUCCUCCGUAGUGAUAGGACUGGUAGCCUUCUGUUAUUCCAAGGUCCAACUUUGGUGCCUUGGCUUUGUGAGAUGUUUUCUGACUCGAUGGAAUAGUUAAACAUGAAAGCUGAAAACAAUUGUGGCAUCGUGCAGAUGUGAUGCCUAUGCCUGUUAUAUUUGGAUAUAUACUGAAUUAUAUCUCGAGACAGUUUUGCCGAUUAAUACAUGUUGGGAGAAUGAUUUCAUCCGUUUGGUUAAAUGAGCACUUCCUCCCUUCGCGUGAUAUAUGUAAUCAUGCAAAACUAGUGCAACUGUUUUUUUUUUUUUAUGGUAGGUUUAGCUGCUCUCCGAUUUGCACACGUUGGGAUGACAUGCGUACAAGUUUUUCUAUUUGUAAUCCUACCAAGAUGCCAAGGUCUCCACUCGAGAGAAGGGAAAGCUGAAGAAAAUUUUGACUCCACUGGAACAGGAAGUUUAAUAUCUUUUCAUGAAUGUAUCUAUACCUAUACAUUAAUUGGAAUGGAUGUU